AUGGCGAAAGAAAAUGGAGCAGUUGAGCUGAGAAUCCAGAGCUUGUCAACAGACAAAGCACCUAAAGGUGCUGCAGGUAAAGGAACUCCAACUGCAGAGAAAGACCGUGGCUCCCCAGACCCAAAGAAAAAUCCUGGCCCUCCAGAUCCAAAGAAAGAUCCAGGCCCUCCAGACCCAAAGAAAGAACUAGGCCCUCCAGACCCAAAGAAAGAUCCUGGCCCUCCAGACCCAAAGAAAGAUCCUGGCCCUCCAGACCCAAAGAAAGAUCCGGGCCCUCCCACCGUGAAGAAAUAUACCAAAGCCUCUGCCCCAGAGAAAGGGGAUGGUGCCUUGGCCCAACCCUCAACUAGCAGCCAGGGCCCUGAGGGAGAGAGUAGCAAGGGUGGGGGGCCUGCGGAGGGCAGUGCUGGGCAGCCAGCUGCCCUGCCCCAGAAGACUUUGACAGCCGAGGCCAGUGUCAAGAAGCCCAACGCUAAACAGGGAACCUCAGGCAGCCGGGACCCUGGAGAGCCUAAGGUGGGCAAGAAGGCAGCAGAGGGCCAAUCAGCGGCCAGGAGGGGCUCACCUGCCUUUCUGCAUAGCCCCAGCUGCCCUGCUGUCAUCUCGAGCUCUGAGAAGCUUCUGGCCAAGAAGCCCCUAAGUGAGGCAUCAGAGCUCACCUUUGAAGGAGUGCCCAUUACCCCCAGCCCCACAGAUCCUGGGCCAGCCAAGGCUGAAGGAGGGAAGAACAAACUGGCAGGGAGCCAGAAGGAAGCAGAAGAGAAAGACGCAGGCCAGGCUGUCCAGGCUAAGGUGCAAGGGGACACCUCGAGGGGGAUCGAGUUCCAGGCUGUUCCCUCAGAGAGACCAGAGGUGGGGCAGGCCCUCUGUCCCACAGCCAGGGAGGAAGACUGCUUCCAGAUUUUGGAUGACUGCCCACCACCCCCGGCCCCCUUCCCCCACCGCAUCGUGGAGCUGAGGAUAGGAAAUGUCAACAGCGAAUUCAGCAUGAACUCCAAGGAGGCACUUGGAGGAGGCAAGUUUGGAGCAGUCUGUACCUGCACAGAGAAAGCCACAGGCCUCAAGCUGGCAGCCAAGGUCAUCAAGAAACAGACCCCCAAAGACAAGGAAAUGGUGAUGCUCGAGAUUGAGGUCAUGAACCAGCUGAACCACCGCAAUCUGAUCCAGCUUUAUGCGGCCAUUGAGACCUCACAUGAGAUCAUACUGUUCAUGGAGUACAUCGAGGGCGGUGAGCUCUUCGAGAGGAUUGUGGAUGAGGACUACCAGCUGACCGAAGUGGACACCAUGGUGUUUGUCAGGCAGAUCUGUGAUGGGAUUCUCUUCAUGCACAAGAUGAGGGUUCUGCACCUGGACCUCAAGCCAGAGAACAUCCUGUGUGUCAACACCACGGGCCAUUUGGUGAAGAUCAUUGACUUUGGCCUGGCACGGAGGUAUAACCCCAAUGAGAAGCUGAAGGUGAAUUUUGGGACCCCGGAGUUCCUGUCACCUGAGGUGGUGAAUUACGACCAAAUCUCCGAUAAGACAGACAUGUGGAGUUUGGGGGUCAUCACCUACAUGCUGCUGAGCGGCCUCUCCCCCUUCCUGGGAGAUGAUGACACAGAGACCCUAAACAACGUCCUAUCUGGCAACUGGUACUUUGACGAGGAAACCUUUGAGGCCGUAUCAGACGAAGCCAAAGACUUCGUCUCCAACCUCAUCGUCAAGGACCAGGGGGCCCGAAUGAGCGCCGCACAGUGCCUUGCCCAUCCCUGGCUCAACAACCUGGCAGAGAAAGCCAAGCGCUGUAACCGACGCCUCAAGUCCCAGAUCUUGCUUAAGAAAUACCUUAUGAAGAGGCGUUGGAAGAAAAACUUCAUUGCUGUCAGCGCUGCUAACCGCUUCAAGAAGAUCAGCAGCUCGGGGGCAUUGAUGACUCUGGGGGUCUGA